AUGGACUCAAUUUUUCCAAAAGUUUCCCAUCCAAUUUCUUAAGAUUUUCUGAGUUAUCACCAGUAAUAUCAAAGCCCAAGAAUUAUUCCACUUUAAUCAAUUGGUUAACAAUUUUCAUCAAUAAGCAUAUCUGGGCAAAAGCAAGAACAUUAUAAUUGCUAGAUUAUAUCACCAUCAUUAAGUUUCCCAUCAGUUUCUUAGCACCCACUAAAUCCUUUAAUCAGAUCGUGGGCAUUGACCGGAAAUUAAACAUUCUUAGAACAUUUAAAGAGAGAGCAUCCGAAUGGAUCAGCAGCACAUUCCUUACAUCAUUGA